AUGACCAAGAGGCAUGAGAUGCCUUUGCAAAAUAUUCUGGCAGUAGAGCUAUUUGAUGUGUGGGGAAUCGACUUCAUGGGACCAUUCCCAUACUCUAAUGGGCACAUGUACAUCUUGGUGGCAGUUGAUUAUGUGUCUAAGUGGGUGGAGGCCAUUGCUCUUCCCACUAAUGAUGCGAAGGUAGAGGUGAGUUUUGUAAAGAAGCACAUUUUCACACGUUUUAGAACUCCACGAGUGUUGAUAAGUGACAGAGGAUCGCACUUCUGCAACAAAUUGCUGAAUAAUAACCUUGCAAAAUAUGGAGUCAAGCACAAGGUUGCCACGGCCUAUCAUCCCCAAACGAGUGGUCAAGUGGAAGUGUCAAACAGAGAGGUGAAGCAGAUUUUGGAGAAAACAGUGAAUGGAAAUAGAAAAGAUUGGGCUGGAAAGCUCGACGACGCAUUAUGGCUGAACAUGGAUAUGGAGUUAGCUAGGGAGAAGAGGUUGCUACAACUUGACGAGCAUGAUGAGUUUCAAUUGCACGCCUAUGAAAAUGCCAAAUUGUAUAAAGAGAAGACUAAGAGGUGGUAUGACAAACGCAUCCAACAUCGAGAGUUUGAGCCAGGGCAAGAAGUGGUGUUAUUCAAUUCGAGAUUGAAGCUCUUUCUUGGAAAGCUUAAGUCUCGUUGGUCAGGCUCUUUCGUUGUGGUAAGUGUGAAGCCUCAUGGAGCUGUGGAGUUGCGGGAUAUGAGCUCCAAUGGUACCUUCUUGGUCAAUGGCCAGCGGAUAAAUCAUUAUUGGGGUGGUGACGUUGCACGUCACAAGGCCUCGAUGGACUUGUCAGAUGCUUGA